AUAUAUAUACAUAUAUAUACACACCCACACCCACACCCACAUACACACACAAGUAAUUUACCUAUACGGAGAGAAAGAGAGAAAUUAAGUAAGAAAGAUGGCGGAUUGGGGACCAGUGGUGAUAGCGGUGGUGAUGUUCGUGUUGCUAUCGCCGGGAUUGUUGUUUCAGAUACCUGGGAAGAGCAGAGUGGUUGAGUUUGGUAAUAUGCAGACAAGUGGUAUGUCCAUUCUCGUCCAUACCAUCAUCUAUUUCUGCCUCAUCACCAUCUUCCUCAUCGCUAUAGGGGUUCACAUCUACGCUGGCUAAAUUACCUACGCUACUUUCACUUCCUUUAAUUUGGAGCGGUCUUCAUCUCUAUCUCUGUCUUAAUUUCUUUAUGUGAUUCAACAACUACAACAUUUCAGCUCUGUGGGCUGUAUUGUAAUUUUCUCUCUGAUAUAUAUAUAUAUAUAUAUAUAUAUUUUUCCUUA